AUGUCAGCCUCCAAAGGUAGCAGACAAGCUACACUGGGGAGGUUCUUCGGAUCCAAUGCAGACCCUAAAGAUGCCCCCAAGAAACAAACCACACUUUCCUUCUCGGCCAAGAAAGACAAGAGGUUGGAGCAGGAGCCCACACAGGAGCCCUCCUCAUCCAAUGACCAUGAUACAACUGAAUCUGAUCGCCACGAGAUGAAGGCGAAGUCGCCUACCCCGGCGCCAGACGUCAAACCGACUUCCGGGGACAAGGAUUCGAACAACUUGAAGCGUGAGAAGAGUACACCGUCAGAAGAGAGCGAUAGCGAUGUCCAACCUGCGCAGAAACGUCGCCGUAAGAGCCCGAAAGCCAGAUCCUCGCCGUCACCGAAGAAAAAGCCACCCUCUCCGAAGAAAUCAAAGACGCAGAAAGAAGCCGACGCUCCCGAACAAAUGGUAAAGAAAGCUUCAGGAGAAGUAACGCCCGAAGAGGAGACGAAAUCAGACGAGGAUGUGCUGUCCGCCAGUGAAGAGGAAGAAGAAGAAAAGCCGGAGCAGAUGAAGAAAACGAUGGAGAAGGUCCAAGCUACCUUGAAAGCGACGGGAAGUGAGCCUUAUCCGGACUGGAAGCCGGGUGAGCCGGUUCCCUAUGCUGCUCUGUGCACGACAUUUUCCUUGAUCGAGAUGACGACAAAACGACUGGUCAUCCUGGCUCAUUGUUCGCUAUUCCUUCGACAAGUGCUUCGUCUCACACCGGAGGACCUUCUUCCAACUGUUCAACUCAUGAUUAAUAAGCUCGCGGCUGAUUAUGCCGGCAUUGAGCUGGGAAUUGGCGAGUCGUUGAUCAUGAAGGCGAUCGGCGAGAGUACCGGCCGCAGUCUGGCCGUCAUCAAAGCCGACCAACAUGAGAUUGGUGACCUAGGAUUGGUCGCUGCAAAGAGUCGUUCCAACCAGCCGACCAUGUUUAAGCCGAAACCGUUAACAGUCCGCGGUGUACAUGAGGGCUUACUCGCAAUCGCCAAAGUUCAGGGACAUGGCUCUCAGGAUAAGAAGAUCUCGGGUAUCAAAAAGCUUCUUUCUGCGGCCGAUGCAGCCACCGCGGGCAAGGGUAGUAAGGGCGUGGAUAUCACCAAGGAUAAGGGUGGACCUAGUGAGGCCAAGUUUAUUGUUCGAUUCUUGGAGGGAAAGUUGCGGCUGGGACUCGCUGAAAAGACCGUCCUUGUUGCUCUUGCUCAAGCUGUUGUCGCACACGAAGCCGCUUUGAAGGGUGAAAAGACUCCUUCAGCCGAAAAAAUGGCCCAGGGUGAGGCCGUUUUGAAGACGGUAUACAGUGAACUGCCUGCGUACGAGGUCAUUAUACCUGCCAUGUUGGAGCACGGCUUGUUCAAUCUGGGCAAGGUCUGUAAGCUGCAGCCCGGCAUUCCGAUCAAGCCUAUGCUUGCGAAGCCCACGAAAUCAAUUACAGAAGUGCUUGAUCGCUUUGAAGGCAAGGAUUUCACGUGCGAGUACAAGUAUGACGGAGAAAGAGCCCAGAUCCACUACGUUUCGCCCGACUCCAUCCACGAAUUCCCCGGGGCUACCGCUACACUGAACCAGGACACCAAGGGGCUGUGUGCGAUCUUCUCCCGAAACUCAGAAGACUUGUCCAAAAAGUACCCUGAUGUUAUGGGUAAGCUCGAGGGAUGGGUCAAAGAUGGCGUGAAGAGCUUUGUGCUCGACUGCGAGACAGUUGCCUGGGACACGGUCAACAAGAAAGUUCUGCCAUUCCAGCAGCUCAUGACUCGGAAACGAAAGGAUGUCAAAGCGGAAGAUGUGAAGGUCAAGGUUUGUGUCUUUGCGUUCGACCUGUUAUUUUUGAACGGAGAGCCUACUGUAAAGAAGUCCCUGCGGGAACGUCGCGAACUUUUACACGAGUCGUUCCAGGUUGUUGAGGGCGAAUUUCAGUUCGCGCAAUUUGGAAAUACCAAUGUGUUAGAUGAGAUCCAGAAUCUUCUGGAAGAGAGUGUUAAGGCGUCAUGCGAGGGUCUGAUGGUGAAGAUGCUGGACACGGAAGAGAGCGGUUACGAGCCUAGCAAACGCAGUCGGAACUGGCUCAAGGUCAAGAAAGAUUAUCUUAGCGGCGUGGGCGACUCCCUCGACCUGGUUGUCCUCGGUGCGUAUCAUGGCCGAGGCAAGCGUACCUCUGUGUACGGUGCAUUUCUUCUAGCAGCGUACAACGCGAGCACGCAAACAUACGAGACAAUUUGCAAUAUUGGCACCGGCUUUUCUGAAGCUGACCUGGAAGAGCUGCAUAAGGAGCUCUCCCCCCUGGUCAUUGACCGGGCCAAGCCCUUCUACUCCCACUCCACCGUCCCGAAGGACCAACCGGACGUGUGGUUCGAGCCCCGAUUGGUAUGGGAAGUAAAGACAGCCGACUUGACGUUGAGCCCACGGUAUAAAGCCGCGGCGGAUGAAUUCAUGGGGACGACGGGUGGAACCAAAGGCGUGUCCCUUCGAUUCCCCCGAUUUAUCAAACGGCGCGAUGACAAGAAACCGGAGCAAGCAACCACCACACGAGCCGUGGCAGAGAUGUAUCGGAAACAAGAAGCGGUUGCCAAGGAGAAUGUUGGGAAAAAAGGCGUCGACGACGAUUUCGAAUAUUGA